AAGAGUCGCGGACGACGGAGCCGGUGAGGUCGGGUCAUCCGAAGGGAAAUUGGAUCAGGAAGCUUGGGAAUUACUCGACGACCAAGCACGAACUUCCUGGUAGCUUCUCGAGGUUCAGCGUGACGAAAACCCUGCAGAAAAACAGGCUGGGCAACAGCUACGAGACGAUAUCUUCUCGCGGAACAUCCGAGUCGUCCCAGUCGCUGGAGAUGCCGGACCUGGAGAGCAUCAUACGCGAGUUCGAGGGUGGUUUUCUGUUGCCCAGGAAGCAGGACGCGGGCACGGGCGCGAGCAAACAGAAGAACUUCGUGAAGAAGAUCGUCGCUGCGUUCGAAGAAAGAUACAAGACGUACAACGAUGUGAAAGUCGAGCAGGAAGCCAGAAACGACGGUGAAAAAGUCAGCCAGAGGUCCACGCCGACGAAGACGCCGAAAAGACGGUCCGCGAUCUUCAGCAGCCCCUUCAAGAGCGCUUCCGGUUCACCAGACUCGAAGGAAAAUUGCGAGAACUCGAACGACGAGUCCGGGAUCGUCUCGACGCCUUCGAAGAAGAAUUCUGAGCAGUCGAAGGUCUUCAGGAGGUCUGGAAUCUUUGGUUCGCCUUUCAAGAUGGCAGACGACGAGGACGAAGCUGAAAAUGGAAACGGAAGCUCCGUUUCCUCGACUCCGUCGAAGAAUAAGGACGACACGAAGGGCUCCAGGAGAUCGAGGAUCGUAACGUCUCCCUUUUAUCGCAGUGAGCCGGAUCUGGAGCGUCAGGACGAGUCCAGUCGAACGCGGAGUUUGUAUUUCGAUCUGACGGAGACGUCUCUCGACGACACGAAGACCGUGGAGAGCAUCGAUCUCGAGGCGAGCCUGCCAGAGCCGGACGAGAACGAUCUCCCGAAGACCAGCACGAUGAUCGACGAGGGCAAAGGGUGCAAGAACGAAGGUCGAAAGGUUUCGUUCGCCGACAAAGCGCCGAAAAUCAUCGGAGCGUUCCUGAAGAAGCCGAUCGAGGUCGAGGACACGUCCAUCGAUUGGAUACCAAUCACCGGGAAGAAAUUGCCUCGAAAAAGGUCCUUGAAGAGGCUGCUCGCUUCGUUCACCAGCAGGAUGACGUCCGACAAAAAGAGUAAGAUGUACUCUUCCGAGAGGAAUCUCUGCGAGGAGUCGUCGGAGCGUCACGAUUCCGGAUACGACGAAAGAUCCUGCUCCUCGUCCUCGCUGGCCUCUCUGGUUUCCAUCACGGAGGCCCUGCUGCAUCAAGAGAACUCCUACGCCGUGCCGGAAAGAAGAGGCGCUCUCAGAACGUUCCAAUCAAGGAUCCCCAAUGUGCAGGACGAGGACGAGGCGUUCUUCGACGCGUAUUCCACCACUCGCAAACUGGGCAAAAAGAGGCUGCUCCUCAACGAGGUAUCGCGGGAGGAAGUGAAACUGGAUCUCGGGCCGACGUAUCCCUCGGUCGCUAGCUUCGCGACGAUGUCCCUGAAUCGAAGAUCCAUCUGCAAGAAGGUCCACAGCCCAGCGUUGGAGCGGUCUUCGUUGACCAAAGUGCCGAAACAUCCGUUUCUGAACGGCAUCCCUAAACAUCCGUUCGUCUCUAUGACGAAGAUCGACAAGUUCGAGGACACCAGCGAUUCCGAGUCGGUGGUCGUCAAGAACGACCUGUACGAAGUGGAGUUCCGCAGAAGCUGCGUGGAUCUGACCACGACGACCUUGUUCUCCAAGCGUUCCUCCACCUGCAGCGACUACGACGUCCCGAGGAGGUUCCUCUCGAAAUCGGAGACAGAGAUCCCGAAAGCUUGCCAGUCUUUCGCGACCGGAAGCCACGACGAGACAGUAUACGACGUUCCAAGGGCGAGCAGUUUGGAGAGACCCAGAUCCGGCGAGUACGACGAUCCGCUUCCGCUUUCGUCGAUGAAGCGAAGCGCCAGCAUGACCGAUUCGAUCCUACCCGACGUUUACGCGACCCCCCGCGACAAAACGUCCCACUACGCCACCAUAAAACCGAGAAAUAAUAAGAUGUACUUUUGCGUAGACGUGCUGCAGAAUUCUGGCCACGAUUUAUCCGUCGCGGGGAAGAGAUCCUUUUAAACGACGCCACAGCCACCAAAUAUUUGCACAGUCAUCCGUUGUCAAGGAUUUCGUGAGUUUGAUGUGAACAUUAGCGCGAGAGGUAAGCUAUACGCAGGAUGUCCCGUAAAAAUUUCGAAAAGAGAAAGAAUUGUACGUAAUGUUAGCUAAAAAACGAUUUGUUUCAAGCUAGGAAACCACGAGACACCCUAUGAAACUAGUUUACCCAGGAUUUUUUGUUUUAGGAUAGGCGAAUUAUUCUCAGAUUGAACUUUUUCUUAAUAUCCGAAGUCAACGCGUUGAUCGGGAAUAAUUUGCGCGCGAACGAAAGUACAAAUAUUUUAUAAAUUGAUGAUUAAUGUAGCUGACGAGUGUUUUAGAUUUUAGCCCUGUUGGAGAGUGCGUGAGCGGUGAAAUUGGAUGUUUUGGGCGACACGUUGGAGUGUUUUGUACUCCUUUUGGCUGCCUCUGGAAUGCGUGCGUUUUGCAAUUUUAUCGCGCGCGUGUGUGCGUCGAAAACUGCUUUGGUUUUACUGCUCGCGCGUCACCGGAGUCUCGUGUAUUUCGAGAGAAAUAUUCCACGAGAUCUCCGCCCCUCGGCGAACGCGCGAGGAUAUUUUGUUUUAAUUUUUAAUCUCGCCUGAACUUCGCGAAACUCCCGAAAUGGAAUUUCGUGCGAAGAGCGGUCGAGUUAACAAGACCGACGAACGCGCGGAGUCGCGUGUUUCGACGUUGCUGUGAAAAAAUUAAUAUACGCGCGUUACACAGUAGGAUCCACGGCGUUUCCGACCGGAAACGCUUGCGCGAGCGACUCUUCCGUGACGUUAGAUUUUAGGAGCGAUCGUCCUGUUCGUUUUCGACGGGAAAUGUUACACGUGGACAGGAGUUCGAAACGUUUAGUCUUAAAUAUUUCCGUAAAGAAAUAUCAUCGAUCAGCGUCGAGACGUUAUACCUUUGUGAUCUCGCAACGUAUCAGUAUUACGCGUUAAGUGCCAUGUAGAAUUAGAUAAGAACUAAGACUAACUAGGUAUAUCGUCGACGUGAUUGUUCGUUAGAGCAGAACCUAGAGACUAUGGAAAUAUGUACAGUUUUAUUUACCACGCUAUAUGUAUACGAGCAUAUGUUGUAUUUUUUUAAAUAAAAGUUCUUCCAACGUUGCGAAAUUCGGACGUCUGCGUAUCUUCGAUCCCUCAACGGAUAUUAGU